UUUGCGGUGACCGUGAGGACUAACGGGAGAACCGGACGGCGGCGGGAUGCAGAAAGGUCUGAAGAAGUACUUCGUCAACAUGGACGAGUACCUGAGCAGCCUAGGUCUCUACCGGAAGAUGGUGGCGCGAGACGCGUCCAGUCUCUUCAGAGCCGUGUCCGAGCAGUUGUAUUACUCUCAGAACUACCAUCAGAGGAUCCGUCAGGACUGUGCCGACUUCAUGAGAGCCAACAGAUGCAAUUUUGAGCCGUUUGUUGAAGGUUCCUUUGAGAAAUAUCUGGAACGUCUGGAGGACCCUAAGGAGACAGUGGGUCAGGUGGAGAUCAAGGCACUGUCUCAGCUGUACAGGCGUUGUUUCGUGAUCUUCCGUUACCCGGGGAAACCAGCCAACGUGAUCUCGGAGGACGACUUUGUGGAAAAGGUGACGCUGUGUUGCUCCAUCAACGGUCACUAUGACAUCGUUUACCCGAGGACUUACCCAGCGUCCGCCGCGCUCUGCCAGUCGGUGCUCUACGAGCUGCUCUACACUCAGGUGUUUGGCUUCGAGGAGGCGGAGCUUUGUCAGGCCAUGGAAGCCUUCAGGGUCGGAGGUCGUCGCUAUAGAAACAGCCCAUCUGUGUGUAGUGAUGUCGAGUGCGGCUAUGACACACCUGAGGACCGAUGUCACAGGGAGGAGGCGGAGUCUGGCGGAGCGGCCGAGGAGAAACUGCGAGCUGACGAUGCCAAGCCUGCAGCAGAAGCCCCGCCCUCAUCCAGGCUGUCCCUGCCCUUUAAGGUCAUGAAGUCUCUGGACAGAGACGUGUACAGAAACCUGGAGUUUGACGUGUGGCAGGACACAUGUAAAGAGAUGCAGAAGACGGACUACAUGGUGUUUGCAGGGAGGCAGUACUUCCUGGGAGACAAGUGUCAGGUGCGUCUGGAGCCGAAGGGGAAGUACUACAACGCCUUCAUCCAGGAAGUAGGAACACACUCUUCAGCUGUCACCGUGUUCAUCGAGGAACUGGGAGAGAAACAUCUGGUUCCUCUGACUGACCUGAAACCAGUGAAUCCGGUUCCUGCGUGGAACGUCGCUGCUCCAACCAGAAAAGGAGAACUGGACUCAGACUCUCGUGGUCAGCGACAUCACCGUCAUCGGUACUUCAGGAAGUCACGCGGUAGCAGCGGAAUGAAGGCGGGGGAGCUGCUGAUGGCGCCACCGUCCUCUUACGGAAGCCCCGCCCCCUCAGCCCUGCCCCCCCGCACCCAACCAGCGGGUCACCCCCGUCCACCGCCUGCACCGGGAGCCAUGACGUAUGACCCCUACGCCCCCCCACACCAUCACCACCCCGUCAGCAGACCACCUCGAUACGGAGCUUCCAGCUCCACCCGUUUCCUGAACCGUCACCUGAUUGGUCCACAGUUGACCUAUUACCACCCCGGCAGACGAUAUUACCACGACUACGAGAACUUCGCCUUCAGGUCACG